GCAACCUAUAAUUGAUGCUUCAAUUGCGGAUGGACCAGGCCGUAGGUUACGUCGGAAUGUCGCUAAUGUUCGUCGUCAUAUAGAUUAUAUUGCGAAUGUCUUGCGGCACUGUGAAGCACGAUUAUGGCAAUAUGGUACUCGUGAUCGAAUUGCAAUUCAGCCUGAUAUACUUUACCAAAAUUAUGUGCUUCCACCUUCGUCCACCUUAGAUAAGCCAGUUGACUGUGUACUUACAAAGUUUGUUCGUGCUGCAAUGAAUAAAGUGAAAUGUCCGAUUUAUAGUAUUUGUUGGACACCAGAAGGCAAACGGUUGAUAACGGGUGCAUCAACUGGUGAAUUCACGUUAUGGAAUGGUACUGCGUUCAACUUCGAAACAAUUCUUCAGGCGCAUGAUACAGCAAUAAGAGCAUUGAAAUGGUCACACAAUGAUCAGUGGCUCGUAUCAGCUGAUCACGAUGGCUUUGUUAAAUAUUGGCAACCGAAUAUGAAUAAUGUUCAUAUGUAUCAAGCACAUAAAGAUGAGCCGAUUCGUUCGAUAAGUUUUGCACCUACUGAUAUCAAAUUAGUGACCGGUUCCGAUGAUGGAACAGCUCGCAUUUGGGAUUUUGGAAGAUGCGCUGAAGAGAGAGUUUUACGUGGGCAUGGAUCUGAUGUUCGUUGCGUCGAUUGGCAUCCCCAAAAAGGGCUUAUUUGCACUGGAUCGAGAGAUUCUCAACAGCCCGUUAAAUUAUGGGAUCCAAAUACUGGCCAGUGCCUUUCUACUCUGCACGACCAUAAGAACUCGGUUAUGUCAGUGCAGUGGAACAAAAAUGGUAAUUGGCUUAUCACAGGCUCCAAAGAUCAUCUUAUCAAACUUUAUGAUAUUCGAAUGAUGCGGGAAAUGCGAUCAUAUCGAGGGCACAAAAAAGAAGUUACAGCAUUGGCUUGGCAUCCUGUUCAUGAGAGUUUGUUCGUUAGUGGCGGUGGUGAUGGAUCAUUGGCUUAUUGGUUGGUAAAUGCAGAAAAGGAAUUGGGAUUUCUGGAACACGCCCAUGAUCAAGCAGUAUGGACCUUGGAGUGGCAUCCACUUGGACAUAUACUUGCUUCUGGAUCAAAUGAUAAUAAUACAAAAUUUUGGGCUAGAAAUCGCCCUGGCGAUACUCAUGACGAUAUAUUUGGCAUGACACCUUUAACAGGUGCGCCGCUAACCAUUUUGAACAGUGAAAUGAAAACAAACAUCGAUGAUAUUUCAAACGUUCCUGUUAUACCAGGUAUGGGUUUGGAUGACGAUAUUUUUCAAGGAUUGCAAAACCGUGAAACAGUUACAGUUGUCGGAGGUCCUAAGUCUGCGAAUAUCGGAGCAAAACGUACUUUAAUUAAACAACCUCCACCGAAGAAAGCACAACGUCAGUUCGAACGUAUGUGGAAUGUCGCAAAACCAGCUGGAGGAGGUGAAGAUUUUGAGGAAGAAAUGCCAGAAGAAAGUUCAUUUCGAAGACCUAAGGCAUCAUUAUUGGGUCCUCCACCGACUUCGAUGCUUUAUGUGCAGGACAUUGAUUAUCGGAUGGCUCAAUCAACGUUAAACGCAACACAGACUGUGCCAACGGCAACUCAGCAAGGUAUUAUCUCGGGAGACAUCGACUUAAGGCACGGACUUACAACCUCUGGGCAAUCACAGUCAUGGCGUCCAACUCCCUCUACGUCAGUUAUGGAAUCGACACAAUGUGAUGAUGACAUGUUGAGACCAUCAGGUGGACAGUUUUUUGCUUUUAAGGCGAAUCGGAGCCAAUUUAAUUUUUAA